CAUAACCCGGAUGUGACCGGCAGUGUUUCCGGUCCUGUGAGGCUGACGGUAGCACUCAGAGCAGAGUUUUUAGCGCCGUGGUGAGUGUGUUAUUGUGACUGUGUGUCGGUGAUAUGCGGGUGUGUUUGGGCCCCUACGGGCCCCCGCGGCUCGGCCUGGCUCCCUGUGGACCCCCACUGCUCGGCCUGGCCCUGCUGCUAGCCGCGGUCCCCCCUCUCUGGGCCUGGGACGCGGACCUGGAGCUGCUGGACCUGGUGGAGGAGAUCCCGCAGAGCUUCUACCAGUUCAUGUCUCUGGACCAGGAUGCCUCAGCAUUAGAGGUGAAGAAGGCGUAUCGCCGGCUGUCUCUCUCUCUUCAUCCUGAUAAGAACAGAGAUGAAAAUGCUGAAACUCAGUUCAGACAGCUGGUGGCGAUUUAUGAAGUCCUGAAGGACGAGGAGCGCCGACGCAAGUAUGAUGACAUCCUGGAGAACGGGCUCCCUGAUUGGAGGCAGCCGGUCUUCUACUACAGACGUGUGAGGAAGAUGAGCAACGCUGAGCUGGCUUUCCUCCUCUUCCUCAUCCUCACGGUGGGCCACUACGCAGUCAUCUGGUCCAUCUACCUGGAGAAACAGCUGGACGAGCUGCUGAGUAAGAAGAAGAAAGAGAAGAAGAAGAAGCUGAGCUCCAGACCGCCAGACGAGCUGCGCAGCGCCACGCACGACAGGUACACAUACUACUUCCUGUUUAGAUACUACUUCCUGUUCCCAUUAGUACACACCCACAGGUACACAUACUACUUCUGUUAG